AUGACCGACCAGGAGUAUAGCGACUUCAUCAGCUGGAGGGUGAACACACUCAUGUCCAACGAUGACUCUGUGCCUGAUCCAGGAGUCGACGCCUAUGCGGUCGAUACAGCGUAUUAUUCUGAUGACGGAGACUGGUUCUCCGACGUUUUGAGUGACGAAGACCUGGAGAGAUUUACGACAGAGGACAUUGAUGAUCUAUAUUUCUUGAGAGAGCCUAGCAUUGGCGAGGCGAGAGAGACUUGCCCGCGCGAUUUACAGCACAAAGAGCGCCAAUCGCGCCGGACGAGGAAGAAGGACAACUCCUGGGCCAGCCAUAGCCUGGUCGAUGAGAACGGCUUCAUCGACACUCGCAAAAGGAGACGUCAGGAAGAGGGACGCAGGCUGCGGGGGCAAUGCAACUGGUUACGUGUACCUGCUUUGCCAACCCUCAACAACUCAUCGGUACCAGAUCUGACAUUGACGAGCCCAGAAGGAGAGUCUUACUCCUUACACGACCCUUUGGACUAUGAAUAG